AUGAUCGAACUUCCAAUAGGUGUUAAGCUGCGGCCAAUUGUGAUUGAGCAGAGGGAUUUGCCUACCUACGAGUACGUCAAUGCCAUUGAUGAUGUCAAUGAUGGCCUGUCCUGGUACCAUGACAUUUGGAACUUUGUGGAGAGCGGGGAGUUUCCUGUCGAGGCCACGAAGAAAGAUCGGAUUACUCUGCAAAGGUUGGCUUCUCAGUACAUCACAUGUGGAGGGAAACUCUAUCGAAGGUCUCACUAUGGGAUGCACAAGCUCUGCAUCAAAGGUGCUGAAGCAACAAGGAUAAUGGAAGAGGUUCAUGAAGGAGUGUGCGGACCUCACAUGAGCGGCGUCAUGCUCGCUAGAAAAAUCCUCAGCAUGUUCCUCCGUCUAAAUUGUAUGGCAUGA